AUGUCGAGGGCGGUUCACUCCUCCGGCCUGGUGAGCCACACGUUGGCGCUUCACUUCAUAUUGGCGUCGGCCGCUGCUGCUGCCGUCGUCCACAGCGGCUCCAACGGGUCGCAGCCCCACAAGCUGGUCAUCGGCUUCCAGGCCCCCUGGAACAUGUCGUUCCCCUUCAGCGCCCUGCGCCUGGGCUCGGCCAUCCAGAUGGCCGUGGAGAGGGUGAACACCAAUCCCGCCUUCAUGGGCAACAUCAGUCUGGACUUCGUGUACACGGACACGGACUGUAAUCCCAAAGUUUCCCUGGGAGGAUUCAUUCACCAGGUGUGGAAGGAGAACGUGUCCGCGCUCUUCGGUCCAGCGUGUCCAGGAGAGGCCGAGGUCACCGGUCUCAUUGCGUCGGCGUGGAACAUCCCCAUGUUCGGCUUCGUGGGUCAAUCCUCCAAAAUGGACAACGGCGGCGUCUACGACUCCUACAUCAAGGUCGUGCCGCCGCUGAAGCGGAGCGCGGAGGUCCUGGUGAAGACGCUGGACUUCUUCGGGUGGAGCCACGUGGCCAUGAUCGGAGGCGGGCUGGACUCCAACACCUGGGACAAAGUGGACGCCCUGUGGAAAACGGUUGAGGACCGCCUGCGGGACGAGUUCAAAGUGACCGCGGCGGUCCAGUUUGACACCAGCAACCCUCAGCUCCUCUAUCGAAACGUCAAGCACAUCUCGACAGUGGCCAGAGUGGUCGUGGUGCUGUCAAACCGAGAGGACUCGCUGGCUCUGCUGCUGGAGGCCGAGCGACAGGGACUCAUGAACGGCGACUACGUCUUCUUCCUGGUGCAGCAUUUUGAGGACAACUUGUGGAAAUAUGCCCUGAACAGCACCAUGAACCAGGCUGCAUUGAGAGCCUUUCACAUGACCUUCAUCAUUGGCCAGAAAUCCUACGAGGGCUACGAGUACUACGACUUCUUUGAGCAGGUUUUCGAAAGGCUGAGAGGGCAGCCGUUCAGGAGCAACCUGACGUCUGCAAGAGAGGUGAGCCCCUACUCUGCCUACCUGCACGACGCGGUGCUUCUCUACGCAAUGGGGCUGAAGGAAGUCCUCAAGGACGGGAAGGACCCUCACGACGGACGGCAGCUGCUCUGGAGUCUGAAAGACAAGAACAACAUUCGGUUUAAUGGUGCCUCUGGACUAGUCCACUUCGACGAGGAGGGGGAGAGGAAUCUGGACUAUUCCAUUUACGAUCUGCAGUAUCCGGGAGAGCUCACCAAAUUUGUGCCCAUCCUCCAUUUCGACAGUCACACCAAGAAUAUCCGGCCAACAUCUAUGUUUGCUUCUGUGGUUUGGCCCAAAGGACGACCGCCGUCUGAUAAACCAGAAUGUGGUUUCAACAACGAAUUCUGCGAAUGGCUGAACAAUGACAUCGCCCUCCUGGCCCUGCUGGUGACCUUCCCCGUCAUCGGUGUGUUUGCAGUCUUGUGCAUCGGGGUCCUCACUCUGCAGAAGUUCAGGCUCCAGACGAGGCUCGAUGUCUCCUGCUGGUGGCUCAUCAAUUACAGCGACAUCACCAUCAUCCGGGAGCCCUCGGGAAAUCAUGGUUUAUCUCUGACAACCACACACAGUCAGAGCGGGAGCGGGGGCUCUCAGUCCAAUUUCUCCAACAACAGCUAUGGCCUGAGCGACAACAAGGGGAAGGAACACAUCUUCAUCACCAUAGGUCUCCACCAGGGGAAUCAAGUGGCCAUCAAGUACAUCAAGAACCAUUUGAGCUUCCAGAGGUCGUCCGUCAUAAAAGAGUUCAGUAUGAUGAAAGAGAUGAAACACGAGAACCUGGUGCAGUUCUUUGGCGCGUGCAUCGAGCCACCGAACGUUUGUCUGGUCAUGCAGUACUGCAAGAAAGGCAGUCUGAAGGAUGUGUUAAAGGCUGCAGAUGUCGAUCUGGAUGGGAUGUUUAAGCUCUCCUUUGCUUAUGACAUUGUUAAUGGAAUGGAGUUCAUUCACAAGAGUAGCCUGAAAUUUCACGGGAACCUGAAGCCCAGCACAUGUCUGGUGGACAGCCGACUCCAGGUCAAACUCUCCGGCUUCGGACUGUGGGAGUUUAGAAACAAGACGAUCCCAACGGAAAACUCCGAUCAUGAAGCGAUGUACUGGAGAGCCCCCGAGCUCCUGAGGCAAGCUGGUCUGCUGACCAAUGGGACGCCCAAAGGGGAUAUCUACAGCUUUGCCAUCAUCCUGUGGGAGCUCAUGUACAACUCCAAGGCCGGCCCGUACCACGACCUUAACCUGGAGCCCAAAGAGAUUAUUAUGCAGUUGCGGACGCCUUUCCAAGGGGAACCCCUCCGGCCGGUGCUGUCUGAGCAGCUGUGCGAGGAGAACAUCAACUUACUGCUCAAGGCCUGCUGGAACGAAAACCCGGACCACCGACCCCCGUUUGGAUCGAUAAGGAGACAGCUGAAGGACACCAGCCCCGACGGUCAUGCAAAUAUACUGGAUAAUAUGGUGGAUAAGUUGGAGAAAUAUGCAAAUCACUUGGAGGAGGUGGUGGAGGAGAGGACCAAUCAGCUCACAGCAGAGAAGGCCCGUGCAGACAAGCUUCUCUCCAGCAUGUUACCAAGGUACAUUGCCGAUCAGCUGAUGGCGGGGAAGUCGGUGGAGCCGCAAAGCUACGACAUGGUGACCAUCUUCUUCUCCGACAUCGUGGAUUUCACCUCAAUGUGCUCUGUCAGCUCUGCGAUGGAGGUGGUCAAUUUCCUCAACGACCUCUACAGCCUCUUUGACGACAUAAUCACGAUGUACGACGUCUACAAAGUGGAAACAAUUGGUGAUGCAUAUAUGGUGGCCAGUGGUCUUCCCAUCAGCAACGGCUAUAAGCACGCUCUGGAGAUAUCCACGAUGGCCCUGCACUUCCUGGGUGCCAUCAAGGUCUUCCGAAUCCGCCAUAUGCCCACGGAGAGUCUCGCCAUUCGCGUCGGGAUACACUCCGGUCCAGUGGUCGCAGGAGUGGUAGGCACCACUAUGCCUCGCUACUGUCUGUUUGGAGACACGGUGAACAUGGCUUCACGAAUGGAAAGUAACAGCCAACCCCUGAAGAUUCACAUCUCUCAGUGCACGGCAGAAAUUCUCAUCCAGGCUGGAUCAUUCGAGCUGCAGGAGAGAGGAGAAAUCCUGAUGAAGGGUAAAGGGUGUCAUAAGACCUACUGGCUGCUGAGCAAAAAAGCCUUUAAUCCUCCUCUCAUCGCGCACAGCUCUCCACCAGCUGACGGUCACAGACUGCAAACCGAGAAACCAGGCGUGGCCAGAGCUGCUGAGAAAAGGGCCCACAAAAUCCUCCCCAAAUCUCACAUGGAAGAUGCCGUGAUUCCUGCAGUGCACAUUUGA